AUGAAUAUUGUUUUAUACCUGCUCCAAGGUGCCACCUUGCUGACUUGUACAAAUGCUUUAAAUUCUACAAAAAGACUUGAGAUACUACUGCCAGUUCAUAUUGGAAACUAUGAUUUGGAGUUUAUUUUCAAUUUUACCAGCUACUUGCAUCGUAUACAUCGUUUUCACAGUUUCAUAGUCUUCAGUGAGAAGCGUGAAUACAAUAGAGCGGAACAUGUUAUUGUAAGACCUCUAGAACAGGCUUUAAUGGAGGAAUUUGAAACGCCCGUGGUGGUGUGGGGCAGACAGAGUACGGCCAGGUUACGCUAUCGCAUUGGUGUUAAUAAUUUGAUUUUCGUAUAUAUAUCCAAGGUAAGAGAUCCGAUUUUGUCAGUGGUUAGCAGAGCCUUGGAGGGUAUUCACUAUAUGCCCAUGGUGUUUAUAUUCAAACGAAAACAUAAUCUGCCGCCCACUUUAAAGGAGAUACAUAUGUUUUUUGAAUGGUGCUGGCAGGAGAAUAUCUUAAAUGUGGCCUUGACUUAUCAGGUGAUGGAGAGGAAAUUUGGACAUAUUAAUAAUUCAAUGCAGUUGAAUAUUAGAAAUGAGGUCUUCAAUUAUAAUCCCUUUCCGAAGUUAAGCAUUUACAAUGUUACCGAACUGGCGUAUAAGCAUGAGGGUACUUUUAUUAAGGACAGCAUAAGAGAUGUGCAAGGUUAUAGAUUUACCACGCCCAUGUUUAUGGAUACGCCCACUGUGUUUUUGACACACUACGAGAGACAUGGUAGCAGACGGGUGCUGCUCUUCGUAACCGGCACGGCAGGACGUACUUUUCACGAAUACAUACAUUUCGUUAAUGGCACGGUCAACAUAAAACCCACCCACAGUCUCAGUUACUAUAAUUUCCAGAAGAAAACUCUUACCCAUGCUUCGAAGAAACUCAUUGACAUUGGCAUACAUCCAUAUUCCUCCCUAUUGCCCUAUGCCAAUCUCACCGAAGGCAGCUAUCCAGUGGGUCUAACCAAUGCCUGUGUUAUAGUGCCGGUAAUACCAGAAAUAGCUCACGGCCAAUACAUACUCAGAGUUAUGCCCAUAUUUAUUUGGUUGGUGUGGAUGCUGGAACUUGUAAGUCUGUUUAUUAUACAGUGUAUCCAUCUGCAAAGAAUUGAUCUAGGCAGUGGCAUUAUCUAUUCCUUUCGCACUCUAAUGUCGCAGCCUCUCAACAAGCAUGAGUUUGAGAAACGUCGUGGUUUAUUGAGAUCCCUGCAUUUGUUUGUUAUACUCCUCAGUGUCCUGGUUAAUUCAGGGUUUAGUGCUUCUCUGACCUCCAUACUAAGCACCACCCUGGUGGGUAAACAAAUAACCACAGUAGAAGAUCUUUUGCAAUCAGGCUUAAAAAUAAUGACCACUGUCUAUGAGAAGGAGGUGUAUUUUGAUCACAAACUAUUGCCUCAACAAUUACUGCCCCUGCUGGAGGUGGUCAAUGAAUCGGAGCUGCAGGAACACAAGGAUAAUCUAAAUAUCUCCUAUGCCUAUGUGGUAAACAGCGAGGAAUGGGGUAAAUAUGAUUUUCAGCAACAGCUGAUGUGGAGACCCAGAUUUCGUAUAGCUCAUACAAAGGAUUUAUGCACCGUUAAACAGUAUUUAAGAUUUCCCUUGCAAUGGGAUUCUCCAUUCACACAGAGCCUGGAAAUGUUUAUUAUCUAUACCACGGAUUCGGGUCUAAGGCAGGCCUGGUCUCACUGGAGCAUUUAUCAGGCCACUCGAAUGAAAUUGAUUAAAAUCUGGAAGCCGGAAGAGGAGGAGCAGGAUAAACCCUUUAGUAUCAGUCAUUUUGUAACCAUUAUUUUUGGUUACGCUAUACUAAUGCUGCUGGCCAUUGUUUGUUUCUGCGGUGAAUUGAUGUGGUUUAACAGGAAGAUGAUUUUGAGAAAACUGGGCAUGGAGGAGAGUGCAUAA